AUGCCCUCAACCCGCUCCUCGACUCGCGGCAACUCGCCGACGCACUCUCACCAAUCUUCCCCCUCCCGGUCGCGAGCCGCCUCCGCCGCCCCCACUGCCGUAGCUACUGUCGAGACCAACGGCACCAGUGGCGACACGACCGAGAGCAGCGAGAUUGUCCUCUCCGAAACGCUUGACGUCGGUGACGUCUUCCCCUUCUUCAUUCUCGCCUUUGCGGCCCUCGGCGCCGGCUUCGUCCUGACGGCCUGGAGUGCGCCGCGCGUCAAGUCCGACUGGUCCGCCGUACCCGUUCUCAUCCUCGGUAUCAGUGCAAUGCUCCUCUCUCCGCUCAUUGGGUACUCGCUCUCGCUUGGCGUGUGGAAAGUUGCGGGCAAGGCGGGGCCGAAGCUCAUCGCGACGGCUAUCGGAUGCGUGUUCAUCGCUGCGCUCGUGCAUCAGAACCUGGAGAUUAAGGACUUGCAGUCGCAGCUGGAGCAAAUCAGGGGUGAGAUCUCGGACCUCAAGAGCGCGAAGCAGGAGAACCCCCUCAAGAAGCUCGGUAUCAACUGGUGA